AUGGGGGCAACUCCCACCACGCUACACCCCUCUGCGCGAGGCCGCUUCUGUGAGUCAAGACCUCAUUUAAAUCACAAGGGGCAGCAUACAGGCGGGACCUGUAGCAGCAUGAGCAGCAGCACAGAUUCUCAGGUACAGCAGCAUCAACUCCACCAACAACUGCAGCAUUUGCUGCAGCGCCAGCUCCUCCAGCUGGGUCCCACCAACCUUUCUGAGGCCGAGAUCGCGGAUGCUCUAGAGGGGAGGGUUCCCCUGAUGCUGCAUAUUGACAACAAAAAAGGGCCUCCUCUUAAGGUGUGGGUGGCAGGAACACUAAGGAAACAACCUUCAAGGCUUGCUGAAGGGCAGGCGGCGGCGCAGUGGGGGCCGCAUUUGCAACUGGUAGAUGGCAAGCAUGCCUCUCAGCUGCGAGUACUCUGGGGAAGGGUUUCUUCUGCAGCGGAAGCAGAAGCUGCUGCUGUUGCUGCUGCAGUGGGGGCGCCUCCAAACUGCGAUCGCGAGGAUGACCUUCCUGUGUUGCGUUGCUGCAGCAGCAGCAGCUUCAACACGGCUCCAGAUGUUUUUGCAGAAAGCAGCCCUUCAGGCCCCCCUCUCCUGCGAAUUUCGCCCCCCCUUAAUCCCUGGAGGACUGCCUGUUUGUGGAGAAAGCGCUUCUACUCUGCUGUCUGCGCUUCGCUGCAGCAGCAACAACAGCCGAAAGCGCAACCGCCGCAACAGCAGUACGGGGCUGGAGGAGCUGCUGCUGCAGAGAUUGUUGAUGGCUUGCCCAUUCGUUUGUGGCAGAUUGAGUGGCUGAGACUACAGAGGCUGUUUGGAGAGUCCCUGCAGGCGCUGUUCAAUGCACUGCAGCGGCAGCAACAACAACAACACCAACCACGUGAGCAGCAACUCGAACAACAGCAGCUGCAGAAACCGCCUGAUGCAAGUUGCCCAUAUGUGAGCCUAGCAUCUCGCCUUACAGCUGCCUUGGAAGAGCCAGCGGCACCAGCAGGAGCACCGGAAACAGCAACAGCAACAGAAGCAGCAGCAGCAGAAGGCGCAGGAACGCGAGAAGCGGCACUUGAACGGGUAGGGGACCAGUCAUGCCUCUGCGGUUUGUGUGGGCCCGAGACAGCCGAGGAAGGCAGCGUGUGUAGAGAGGACUGCCAAGGAAUCCCCAACUUCUGCUUGCCUACUGCCGCUGAUGCUGUUAGGGGAGCUUCUCCAGCAAGCCCGUUGCUGUCUGACGAAGUCAGGCAACAGCUCCUCAUUGAAGCUCGUGAUGAAAGCCUCCAAAGAAAGUCGUUGCUGCAGCAGGCUGCUGCUGGUUAUGGUGCUGCUGCGGAGCCCUUUGCGGCUGUACCAGAAGGACCCGUGCUUAGAGUUGUACAUACGAGUCUCUCUCCCCUGAGGGGCGGUUCCUUCAGCGAGUGGAAGAAUGAGAUGCGGCACCAGCAGCAGCAGCAAUGGGGACAUCUUGGCUUCGUCAGCAUUCAGAAAGCUGAACGGACGAGGGAGGCACCUGCUGCUGCUGCUGCUGCUGAAGAAUGCAGAGACUGCGCGGGAACCCCCCUCCUGCUGCAUGCAUCUUUGAAUGUACCUAUCUGUACGCCGUUUCUGAACUGUGGCACCAAAACGCACCUCUUCUUCCAGAGCAGGAGCAGCAACAGCAGUGGCAUCCGCAGCACAUAUCCACCCGCUCACUGUUGCUGCAUCGCUGAUGUGCAGGUGCACACUCCCUCCCUUUUACUACCUCCCUCAGCAGCAGCCCGUAGCAAACCUGAGAAUUCCCAGCGGCUGCUUCUGCACUUACAUCCAGCCUAUCUUUACAUCCUAGAGCAGCAGCAACAGCAUCAGAACCUACAGCAGCAGCAACAGCCACUGGAAAAGGCAGAGAAUCUGGCGGCAUGGACAGCAGCAGGACAGGCACUGCUCCUUCGGGCCAUUCAGUGCUGCCGCGUGGGAGAAGCAGCCACAUUUCAGGUGCAGGUGCAUCAAGGCAACAACAGGAGCAGAACGGAUGAGUCCGAGAGGCAGCAGUUGGUAGCGGCGCUGUCUGUACACCUCAUAGACGUCCUCCCCCUGCCUUCCUUCACUCACUCGUUCGUCAACAGCGGCAGCAGGACGAAUUCACAGCAGUACCAGGAUGAUCCUACGAAAAUAGACCACAGCUCAUCUGAAUUGCGGCAGCAACAACUGUUGCUGUGCAUCCAGUGGCAGAGGUCGUUGCUGCUCGUGCAGCGCGAGCUACAACAAUUCGCCGCAGCCUGCAUUGCUCUGCUGCUGCAGCAGCAGGACCACCCAACUCCGCUGCUGCCUCGGCUACUGGCGUGUGCCUGCAAGAGCUGUCAAGACGCUGCAAAGCCACCCCCAGCACCAGAGCAACCGCAGCACCAGCAGCCACAGCAGCAGCCACAACGGCAACCAGAGCAACAGCUGAAGCAGCAGCAACGCGGGAUUUCCAGGGCGCCACUGCCCCGUCGCAACAGCAGCGUGGCGAUGGCAGCUGCAGCAGCAGCUCGCAAUUUACUUGGCCUAACAUCUACAGAGCAGCAGCAGCAACAACAACAGCCCAGCACCAGUAAGCUAAGGGGCCUCCUCCUGAGGGGCAGAGCACGGAUGUCAAAACCCAAGGUGGAGCCAGAGCUUCAUCCUCCUCCUCUUCAUCAACAGCAGCAGCAGUACAGCGGUUCCGUUGUUCGGAGCCUGAGCCGGCAAGGCAUUGCCUCUACCCUUCGACGCCUCCGCAGCCGAAGCAUCGAUAAGUGGGUGUAUCAGCAGCAGCAGCAGCAGCCGAUGCCUAACAUGUCAGAUCCCGGCUCCUCACCAACUCCAGCAGCAGCAACAACAACAACGGCGUCAACCACAGCUUCUGGUGCUGGCUGCCCAGUAGCAGGACCUUCCCUUGGCAACGGAGGAGACCCCGACAAGGAUACCGAGGGGGAAGCUCUCUGGAGUUUGUGUGCAGCUGCGCGAAAGUCCAGCACUCUGCUUUUCCUCUCAGAUUUCCAACACCUUUUUGAUACAGCUUUGGCCACCAGUAACAGCAGCAGCAUCGGUGACACUUCACUGUUUUUAUCCUAUCGGCGGCGCCUGCGUGGUCUGCUGCAGCAGGGCGUCUGCAUUCAGGGGGUGUUGGUCCAGCUUAUCAGCACAUCCAGGCAUUGGCAGCAGCUGCAGCAGCAGCAGCGAGCAGCACGAUCAGGCCUAUGGCAGCAGCAAGAGCUUUCAAUUUCACCGCUGUUUCUGCUUCUGGAGACCGGCGGCCUCCGUUUCUUUGUUUGCCCAUUGCAGCAUACCCAUCAAGAGUAUCAUUUGCCUUUUCAUGUCCGCAUGCAGGGCCUCACAGCUGGAUGCAUGGAAGCAGCAACGACCGCAGAGAGUGGCGUCGUAUCGUCCGGCGUACAUGGCCUGGUACAGCAGUGUCAACUGCAGCAGCAACACCAGCACGAACUUGGGGCCCCCUUGGCACUCACAGAUCCACUACCGCCACUACCCAACUCAGCUGCUGCUUUUUUGGGGGUCUUAUGCACUGAGGCUGCUGCUCUCGAGGCAGCAGGAGACCCAGUUUGGAUGCUGCAGCAACGCUUUCUGGAAUUCCAGUGCAGUCAAGAAGAACUACACCACAGGCCAGAGCAGCGGCAGCAAAGAGCGUGGGGCCUUGUAUUUGAGGCUGACAAAGCGCUCCCUUCCUUUGUGGCGAUGGAGGUGCCUGCAGCAGCUACGCGGCAGCAAAGACAGCAAGCUUUCCUCGCAGCGGCAGAACCGCCUCCGUCCGCUGCUGCCGAUAGCAAAGUCCACCAGCACCAAUACAGCUGGCAGCCGCUUCAUCAUUGCCCUCAUGCCAUCCGCCACUGCUCCUGCUGCUGUCCUUCGGCAGAAGCUAGACAGCAUCAACUUUGGCGCAUCAGCAGCACCGGCAAUUUGAAGGCGUUCUGCCAUCGUUGUAGAGUUGCAGCAGCAGCCCCGACUUGGCCAGUAGCAGCAGCAGCAGCAGCCGAGAGCUGUGAAGAGGAGGCACCCGCAGCAGACUUCGUCACCGGAGAGUCCUACGUCUGGACCUCAAAGGGGAAUGCUUGCACACUUGGGGAAGGGCCGAUUGAGCAAGCCAGCCUCGCUGUGCUGCCGAAGGCAUCUGUUAAAUACAUCCACUGCUGCAGUCCCUCUUGCAGCGGCAGCAGCAUGAGAGAGCGUUCCAGGGCUGUUGCAGAGGCCCUAGUACAGCGCCAACUCUCUCACACAGACGGCCCAACAGUCCAGGCUGCACUCAGGCAGGGAGGUGUCCCUGCUGGCGUGGGUAUGUGGUUGCUGUUCGAUGAGUUACUGCUGCUUCUGCGCCAGGAGGCACCGCAGGUGCCACAGUGGGGCGGCAAUGGCGAGGCCUGGUCGUCAUCAUUAGCAGCAACGGCUGCUGCUCUUUCCAAGAACGAGCAGCAGCAGCUGGUGUUGUGCAGUAGCAGUGCGCAACUAGUUGCCACUGCAACUGCAUGCACCUUGUUAGGCAAAUCUCUUCAAAAUGUACUGCGGUAUGAGCAGCAAAUCGCAUGCUACUGCUGCAGCCCUGCUGCUGUUUGUCAGCGCUUCUCCACCUGCGCCUCUCGGUGGGCCUUUUCGGGCGAGACGCAGCGGCUCUUGCACCAGGAGUCACCCGCCGCAACGGUAACAGCAGCAGCAGGAGCAACAGCAGCGAAAACAGCCGUGCAUGGCGCAGAAGGUGUCUGGGAGAGCAGCUUACUGGUGUUUCAUCGCCGCGUGUGUCUGUCUCUUGCAGCUUCCCUUAUCCGCGCAGAUGCCUUUAGUUCCAUGCAGCUUCCGUUGCCCAUGUUGCUACGAUGUUGCCUCUUUGUUGCUCUCAAAAGCCCGUCUGUCCUGUUGGAGGAGCUGCAGCAGCAGCAGCACGCGCUCCCAGUCUGCCGCUACGCGCCUGCAUCUCAGUUGUUCGCCCCCGGACCUGCACCAGCGGCUGCAGCCGCGACAGAAGCAGCAGGGACAGCACUGGCAGCAGGGGAGACAGCAGCAGGAGCGAGAAAAGCAGCAACAGAAUGUACUCCGUGGGGCCGCGUGGCGGUGAAGUCCCCGUUGCCGUGUGCGACGGCUUGCGUCUCUGUCUUGCUGCUUGCUGAGUUUGUGCUUCAUGCCCCCAGCACAUGCAUCCCCGUGCUGCCUACUUCUGGAGAGCCACCGGAAGAAGACUAUCUUGAGGGGGCCCCCCUUCUGGACUGGAAUUGGCUGGGGGCCCACGGAGCCUAUGCAGCUUCUGCACUCCCCUUCAGAAGGCUACGAGCCUCCUAUCCCUCUUUGCCAGCAGCUCCUUACUUCACGACGCCUCUGCAGCACCCGUUAAGGGCCCCUAGGGGGCCCCAAGUUGACCCUGUGGCGCAUAUCCUAAACCCUGAAUUUAUUGCUGCAGUCCCUGCUACCCUCAGGGGCGGUCUUCUCUGCCAGCUUCUGCUGCGCGCUUUGGCUCCCCCGGAGCCAUAUACGUGGAAGGCAUAUCGCAGGCAGAAACCCCAACAGCAACAGCAGCAACAACAACAACAGCAGCAGCAGCAGCAUACAUAUGUUGUGGGUCGACGCCUGGACGGCGUGUCUUCAACAGCCGACGAUCAUCUCCUGCGGCUGCUAAUGCUGCUUCUGCUACAGUUUGACAGCUGGCUGGGGUUCUCAGGGCUUCCAAAGCAGCAGCCAGCAGAAGGCCCCUCUUCCGCAUGGCGACCAGCUGGAGGAGCAGCAGCAGCAACAUCAGAAGCGGCAACAGCAGUAGCGUCCGGAGACUCCGACAGCUCUCGGCUUGUUGUUUCGUUUGGUUUAGAAGGCGGCUUUUGUGCUCCAGGCAGCAGCCUGCGGCAGCACCAGCUGGGUAUUUUUGCAGCCCUUUCGAAUGCUGUUGAGGGCAUCCGCUUGGUGGGGGCCGCUGACGCCCCCCAAGCGUCCCUUCUUGCUGCCAUUCUGGGCCUGUGCCGGCUGAGACGCGGGUUCGCCGCCUCCGCUAAGAGGCGUCUGAUGGCAGCCCUUGAUUUGCUGCAGGGACACUACGGGUGUCCACUGCUUGAAGGCAAGUACACACCUGCUGUUCCUUCCACCUCUCCUGCUGCUGCUGUCCCGGACGCUGCCCUGAGCAGCAGCAGCAGCAGCACGAUAAGCGCCAGCCAGAAUGAGAUUCUCAACUGUUUUGUGGAAACUGCCGCUGCAGCGACGGCCCGAGUUGGGGUGUAUACGGACCUGUUGCGGGUGCUGCGCCUAAGGCUUAGCGUUUGUCCUUUGCCUGUGGGGCCCCCUCACCUCGUGCCCCGCCACAUACCGUUGCUGCCUCUCCUUUCUGUAGACAAGAGAGUGCUUCCGAUCGACUCCAAAGGCUUCCCUGGCCUCACAAACGACACCACGUCCUCUGCGGCUGCUGCUGCCGCUGCAUAUGUAAGUAGCAACCCUGCGGUGGCUCGGCAACAACAGCAAACGACAGCUGUCCUGAUACCUUCCGAGUCAGCGCAUCCCACCUCUCCCCUUGCUAGGAAGCAGCAUGAACAGGCCUCCCGGCUCUUCGGGUGUACGUACACCCCAAAGUACCCCGAACACCGACAUUGUCACCUUCCUGAUCCUCUUCUGCAACCUCACGUUGCCUGCGCUGUCGUCCUCUACAACAUCAGGAGAUUGGGGAUCCCUGUAAUUCACUGGGCAUCCGGUGUCUGCCCCAGGGGAGACCGCGGAGACCCAGCAUCAGAAUGGGCGGUUGCGGGCGUCUUGGGGACUGGCGUUGCUUCCACUUCUGUUCCUGCUGCAACCUCUGCAGCUACUUGUAGUGCAGGUUCUGCUAGUGCUUCUGCUGCAGCUUCAGGGGCAGCGAUCUCUGCUGAGUGCUCAUCAGCUGCAAAUCAAGCAACAGCAGCAGCGAGUUCUAGCUGCGGUAUUAUGGGCAGUUCCGAAGACGAAGGUAUAAGACGUUUAUCUCCGUAUGUCGUGAGGGGAGAGAGCUGCGAGCAUGUACUGCAGUGGCUGCAGUGGCAGCGGCAGAGCAGGCCUCUGCUGUUCUCCUGCGGAUUGAACGAGAAGGGGGCCCUGGGCCUCGGGGUGGCGACAUACUUCCCUGUAGAUCCCGUUUUAGAAGAAAGAGACAACUUCGUACGAGCAGCAAGAGGGACUGACGUGUGGUUCUGCUGCCAACCGCAGCAAGUUGUGGCUCUUCGUGGAACUGUCUGCAGUGUCUCUGCGGGGCUCCACUGCAGCGCUGCAGUUACUUCUGAAGGUUUUCUUUUCAGUUGGGGGUCUCUCGAUGGUGGUGUAGACGAUGUUGACCUUAGUCACAGCACCAGCAACAACAGCUACAGCUGCAACAGCACCAGCGCUGACAGCAGAAGCAGCUUGCGGAGACACCCUGCAGACCACUCAAGAGACUACGGGCUCCGCGAGUCUCUUCGUUUCUCCUGGCUUGAGUUUCCAGCUUUUGCGCGUGAAGCUUCCGUAGAGACAGCAGCAAAAACAGCAUCUUCUCGUGAGCAGCAGCAUUAUCAACAGCAGCAGCAGAAAGAAAACUGGAUUUUCUUACCGGCUCUGCUAAGCGGCAGUGAGGCUGCAACGCCCUCUCUCUGCCGAGAUCCCUCGUACACUUGUUGUGCGUUUGCUACUGUUUGCUGCGGGCCUGACUUCUGCGCUGCACUGACAGUGGCUGGGGGUCUGUACACAUGGGGAAACAACGCAAAUGGUGUGUUGGGCCUUGGAGACCUCCGCAACAGAAGCCGACCAACUGCGGUGUCUCCUCACCACUUCGUUGCUGUGGCAGCUGGCAACGAAAAACAGCAGCAGCCCCAGCGCCUGCUUCAUGUAGCUUGUGGGAAUUCACAUGUUGUUGCUCUCACAUCUGAAGGCUGCCUUUUUCUAUGGGGCAGCAACAGCCACGGCCAAUGCGGUAUUGGGAGAGAGAGAGAAGCAUUUCUGUCCCCGCAGCAGCUGUUGCUGCUCGAUCUCUCCCGCGUGCCUUUGAGCCGCCUCACCCUUAUUCAUUCCCUCGUUGCGGCAAGUAGCGACAACAACAACAGCAGCAGCAGCGGCGGCAACGGGGAAGCACAGGGCUGGCUGGGCCUCGGCUAUGCCCCUGCGGGAGGUGCUAGCGCGAAGCUGUUGGCAGCAGAUGCUCCAGGGUUUACAACUUUGUUGGAGAAGGAGAGGCUAAAGGAAAUCCUUCUAAAAUCCCUCGUUGAAUUCUCGCAGGUUGCGUGCGGGUCGCUGCACACCGUCGCCGUAGGUUUAACUGCUGAUCAGCUCCAAGGAGGAGAAGUUCAACAAUCUCUGCAAUGUCUGUACAGCUGGGGCAGCAAUACAAAUAACUGUCUCGGACUCCCUGCAGCAGCAGCAGCAACAACUGCAUGCGCACCACCAGUCUGCCUUUCUCUAUCCCCUUUAGGAGGCGAGAUCCAGAAGAUGCAGGACCAGCAGCAGGACCAGCAGCGGAUGCCGCGCAUAAAGCAGGUUGCAGCUGGGGGUAUAACGAAUGCAGCUCUGUCGGAGUCUGGGGAGUUGUGGUUGUGGGGCGACCUGCAGUCUUUUGUUGUUAGCGACGAUGGAGCAGAGUUCUCUGCUUCGGCCCCUAUGCCUUUUGAGUUAAUAGAGGAAGCGUAUGUCUGUUCUAGUGCUGGAAGACCCCCCAAAAGCUGCAGAGUGGCCAUCUGCAGUGUAGCGUUUGCGGCUGAAGGGGCCCGGCUGCUGCUGUUUACGCAGGAUGGUGACUUGAUUGCAGUGGGAGACGGUUGCGUGCAGCAGCAACUGCUGUCUUUCCACCGCAACGACCAGCAGCAACAGCAGCAAAUAUCGCAGCAGGAAUGCUGGAAGAAGGCAGCAGCCACCGUUGCCCCCCGAUUCUGGGCAGACAAAAGCCGAAGACAGCGCCUCAGAGGAGCCUGCAGGCUUCAUGUUCCACACAGGAAAAUAGUCAAGGCCGCCGCUGGACUUGACCACUUUUUGCUGCAUACUCUCCCUUACGACUGCAGCAGUGAGCUACUGCCGCAGCAGCCUCGUGCGUUCCUUAUGGCGAUGCACCGCCCCCCUCCGCAGCUGCGCCUGCGCCUAUCGCCAGCUCCUCCCAGCAGCAGCGGCUCCAGAACUCCCAGCAGCAGCAGCAGCAGCAGCACUGCAGACUGCACGCGAAUGACGAGUUACGCAAGCAGCACAGCCAUACCCUAUUCUAGGGACACGGUGCCGCUGGCAGAAGACUCUGGGUCCCGCCCUUCUGCUUCCGUUAGGAGUCACAGCGCCACCCCUGCAUGCAGUGCUGACGGGGCCUCUCAGCAGCAAAAGCAGCAGGAGCAACAGCAACGGCAACUGGCAGAAGGCCCACCAAAGCAGCUCUGGAAAGCCGCGCCAGCGGCACCCAGUAGCAGCAGCAGCGUGGGUUUGUCUUUUGCUACAGCAGCUCGAGAUGCAGCUGCUGCGGGCCUGCAUUUGACGCUGAGACACCUGGCCAGUGCGAGUGAAGGAGCGGCAAAAGCCGCAGCAGCACGAGCAGCAGAAGCAGUGGAGAAAGUGGCAGACGGACAUGGAGCAGCAGUCGUGGAGGGCCUAUUAGACCACUUGGAUAGGGGGUCGGGAGCCGUCCUAAGUGCCAUCAGCAGCGGAAUCUCCUACAUCCUGCCACGUUCCAAAUCUCCUGCGGGCUCCAGCGCAAGAUCACCACCUACAGCAGCAGCAGCCAACAGUAGCAGCAAACAAGGGCGGAGUACUACUGCUGCUGCUCGUCUCCAUGCGCCUCCCCUGAGGCCUCUCCCUUCCUGUUCAUCCUGCACGGAAGCCGCACCUCCCGUCCCCGUUCCUGCAAUCCGCGUGGGCCCUCCCCAAAUGGGGGCCUCGUUGCGUCCUCUACUGCACCCGAAACCCUCACAGUACGCACAACAGCCACCGCUGUUGCGGCAGCAGCAGCUGCAGCAGCAGCGGGCAGCGCAGAAGCAGCAUCAGCUGUACAGCAUGCCUCCCCGGUCGCAAAGCCUCACAACACUCCCUUCCUACGCAGCGCAGCACCUGGACCCGCUGCAGCAGCAGCUGCUGGAGGCGGAGAGACAAGAGGCGUGGGAGCGCCUGACCUCUAUUGGCAAGCUUCCUGCUGCUGCUUCCUUCUCCCCUCAGCCGUUGCAUUCGCGUUCCUCCUCGCAGCAGCAGCUCUCCCACACCGUACAGCCUCUGCGCGGACACGCCGCCGUGGUGCAGCUCCCCGAUAUUCCCCAGCAACAGCGGCAACAACAGCAUCAGCCAAGGCAGCAGCAGCAGGAACAACAACUACCGCCGUCGCCGCAGCAGAAGCAGCAACAGCAGAGGAGGAGUACUGCGCUACGGGAACUGCUAAAGUGCAACACUGCCCCCGCAGUAGUGCACCAGAGGGGGGAGAGAGUGCUUUGGAACAGUGCCUUGCCACACAGACAAAGCAUUGCUGCUGCUUCGUGGCAACAGCACCUGACAAAGCAACAGCAGCAACAGCAGCAGCAGCACCCUUCCGGCUGGUCCACACCGACCCCCAACACACCACCGUCUCGCAGAUGGUCGCAGCAGGGGCAACCUGCCGAUAACAGUAGCAGGGCUCUCCCCGCUGCUGCAGUUGUAGCCGCAGAUGGGGACGACUGCACCCUCAAUCUGUCUUACUAUCCACAGCACGACCCUAGCAGCAGCAGUGCAAGUCACCACGGCCUUCUUGCUGCCCGUCUUGCUGCUGCGAAAUCGCAGGAUUCGGUGGGGCAGCCCUGGCAGCAGCAGCAGCAGCAACAGCAGCAAGUCUCAGGAGUUGCAGAAGGAGCAGCCCAGCACCUAAUAGUGCCUUCAUUUUCGGUCUCACCCUUACCCUCAAACGACGCAACAGCAACAGCAGCAGCAGCAGGAGCCGCUGCUGCUGUAACAGGAGCAACCACAGCAGCAGAUGCAUUGCCCCAGCUAAUCUAUGCAUCAAAUGCUGUUGCUGCUCCUGUUUGGCCUUACUCUGGCGAGACCGCAGAGCAGCUCCAGCAACACGAGCAGCAGCUGAUGCUGCCUUCCUUUCCGCCCUCUACCUAUCCGCAGCCACAGCAGCCCCUGCAGCCACAGCAAAACUGGGCGUCCCUUGACUGCCUUGCACCCGUGGGAAGCGACAGCGACAGUCUAAGUGCCUCCUAUCUGCCACGGCACUCCGCUGUCUAUUUGCCUCUUCACCAGCCUAGCAACGCGCCUGCGGCAGAAGCAACAGCAGCACCAGCAACAGAGAGCUCCAAUGGCAGUUGUAACCAAGAUCCUUUCGGCGUCUCCUUCCAAAAUCCUGACACCUUGGAGUCGGUUCUGUUGAAUAACCAGCAGCUUCUGGGGCAGUUGCAGCAGCAGCAGCUGCUGCAAGCAGCUUCACAAGGCGGCCUGCAGAGCCAUCAGUCGCAACAGCUGCUCCUUGUACAUCCCAGCGAGUUCCUUUCCAACCCCCAGCGAGAGAACAUGCAGCUGCUGCGGGGAAAUGAGUUUUUGCUUAUUGACAAUUCGCAGUAUCAGCAAGUGCUGCAACUGCAGCAACAGGAGCAAUUGCUGCAGCAACAGCAGGAGCAGAUAAUCAAGCAGAAGCAACUGCAGGCGACUUCUACGUGGGACUAUCUGCAGCAACAGCAGUUCCACUUAACAGCAGACACGCUCCCGUCUCAUCAUAAGCAGCAUCAACCGCAGCACCAGUAA